AUGCCAGACACGACCCAAGACCCCCCGACACAUACAGAUAGUACGCCACAAGGUACUCCAGGUGCAAUAAUGAACCCCCAGGCGCCCCCCGUGAUAUCCAUCGACACCAGUAUUGUCGAUGCAGACGAAAAACACCCCCCGGUUCUGAUCGAACCAACCAAUUCAUACUCCCCCACGAUCAAGGAGGAAACAGCCACACCCUCGACAUGUAACGACUCGGAUUUUUCGACACACGCAGAAGAAGCACAACAGCACCUCAAUGAAGACGCAGACGGCACACUGGCCGGAGGAUACAAAUGGGCCCCCAAGCAGCUCAGCCACCUGAUCGACCCCAAGUCGGUGUUUGUGCUGGCAGAGAUGGGUGGUCUGGAGGGACUCGCCACUGAUCUCAACACUAAUCUUCAGUCGGGUCUGUCCGAGGAGGACGCUGGUGCCCGAGACGCACGAAUCGAAGCAUACGACCGCAACAUUCUUCCCGAAAAGAAGGCAAAGUCGCUCUUCUACCUCAUGUGGAUGGCGCUCCAAGAUAAGGUGCUUAUUCUGUUGACAGUUGCUGCCAUCAUCUCGCUGGCUCUGGGUCUGUAUGAGACCUUUGGCCAGCCCGCCGAGCACGACGCCCAGGGUCGAAAGCUGCCCAAGGUCGACUGGGUCGAGGGAGUUGCAAUCAUGGUCGCCAUUAUCAUUGUGGUUGUGGUUGGAGCAGGUAACGAUUGGCAGAAGGAAUUGCGGUUCGUCAAACUCAACAAAAAAAAGGAAGAUCGAAUGAUUCGUGUAAUUAGAAGUGGAAAGACCCAGGAAGUGCCCAUCGCCGAUCUUCUGGUAGGUGAUCUGGUACUUCUGGAGCCUGGAGAUAUGAUCCCAGCAGACGGUAUCCUUGUUUCGGGCCACAACAUCAAGUGCGAUGAGUCCUCUGCUACCGGUGAGACCGACACCAUGAAGAAAAUGUCUGGUUUCGACGCCAUGACUGCUUACGAGAGCCGGGUCGACGGACUUACUCGAGGCAAGGUUGAUCCCUUCAUUCUGUCUGGUUCUAAGGUGCUUGAGGGUAUUGGUACCUAUGUUGUUACUGCAGUUGGACCCAACUCUUUGUUUGGAAAGACCCUGCUCUCUCUCAACAUUGAGGACGAGGCCACUCCUCUGCAGGCAAAGCUCAACGACAUUGCCGAGGGCAUCGCCAAGGCCGGUGGUCUUGCUGCUCUGAUUCUGUUCAUUGUUCUUUUCAUCCGAUUCUGCGCCCGUCUCCCCGGCAACAAGGACACCCCUGCCGAAAAGGGUAACGAGUUUAUGGACAUUUUGAUUACCGCUAUCACCAUUAUUGUCGUGGCUGUUCCUGAGGGUCUGCCCCUGGCUGUGACUCUCGCCCUGGCCUUUGCUACCACUCGAAUGCUCAAGGACAAUAACCUUGUGCGAGAGCUGCGAGCAUGUGAGACUAUGGGUAAUGCCACCACAGUGUGUUCUGACAAGACCGGAACUCUGACUGAGAACCGAAUGACUGUCACCCGAGGAACUAUUGGAGUCGAGGAGUUUGCGGUAGAGGAAAUCACCCAGUUCUUCGAGACUCUUCCUGCCGAGGCCCGAGAGAUUCUCUUUGAGUCCAUCGUGUUUAACACCACCGCGUUUGAGACCGACCAGAUUGCCGACACUGACGCCGAACGGUUUGUGGGAUCCAAGACCGAGACCGCUCUCCUCAACUUCGCUCACCUCUACAUGGGUCUUCAAAACCUUGCCAACCAGCGAGACGCUCGUGAGAUUGUACAGAUUGUGCCCUUUGACUCGUCUCGAAAGUGCAUGGCUGUGAUUCUCAAGAUGAAGGGCUUUUACCGAAUGUAUAUCAAGGGAGCCUCCGAGGUUCUGUCUGCCCAGUCUUCAAUGAUCUACAACAACAAUGUCGUUUCUCCCAUCACUAAAGAACAGCGACAGGACAUUGACCAGAAGAUUCUCCACUAUGGCGAGCAGUCUCUUCGUGGCAUUGCUCUUGCCUACCGAGACUUUGAGUGUUCUUCCUGGCCCCCUAAGGGCAUGGCCUCUUCUGACGACUCUUCACAGGCCGAAUUUGAACCUAUGUUCUCCGACCUGACUCUCUUUGGUCUCAUUGGUAUCAUGGAUCCUCUUCGAGAGGGUGUCACCAAGGCUGUUGCCGACUGUCAGUCGGCCGGUGUCAUUGUCCGAAUGGUUACUGGAGAUAACGUCAACACUGCCAAGGCCAUUGCUCGAGAGUGUGGCAUCUACUCUGAGGGCGGCCUGGUGAUGGAAGGACCUGUCUUCCGACGACUUGCCGACCACGAGAUGAAAGAGAUGCUUCCCCAACUCCAGGUUCUUGCCCGAUCUUCCCCUGAAGACAAGCGAAUUCUCGUCAAAGCUCUCAAGGAGAUGGGCGAGACCGUUGCUGUCACUGGUGAUGGUACCAACGAUGGUCCUGCCUUGAAGCUGGCCGACGUGGGUUUCUCCAUGGGUAUUGCAGGUACUGAGGUUGCCAAGGAGGCUUCGUCCAUUAUUCUGAUGGACGACAACUUCUCCUCCAUUGUCAAGGCUAUCAUGUGGGGCCGAACCGUCAACGACGCUGUGAAGAAGUUCCUGCAGUUCCAGUUGACCGUCAACGUUACUGCUGUCGUUCUGACCUUUGUUUCUGCCGUCGUCAACAAGCACGGAAAGUCUGUGCUGACAGCCGUUCAGCUUCUGUGGGUCAAUCUGAUUAUGGACACUCUUGCCGCUCUUGCUUUGGCCACCGACCCUCCUUCUCCUGACGUGCUGGAGCGAAAGCCCGACCGAAAGUCACAGAACCUCAUCACCGUGACCAUGUGGAAGAUGAUUUUCGGCCAGGCCAUUUUCCAGCUGGGCGUUACCUUUGUGCUAUUCUUCGCCGGCAAGUACUUCUGGACCGUGGAUACUCCCAGACAGCAAGACGAGCUGGACGCCACCGUGUUCAACACCUUCGUGUGGAUGCAGUUUUUUAACCUCUUUGUCAACCGACGACUCGAUAACAAGAUGAACAUGUUCUCAGGUAUUCACCGAAACAUCUUCUUCAUUCUCAUUGUGGUCAUCAUUGGCGGUUUCCAGGUCCUCAUCAUGUUUGUCGGAGGUGCUGCCUUUUCCAUUGUGCACCUCAACGGCGGCCAGUGGGCCACUUCCCUCAUUUGUGGUGUUAUUUCUCUCCCCGCCGGUAUGCUUCUACGUCUAAUUCCGGACGCCUGGAUCUCCGCCAUGUACCCCCAGUUCCUGCACAACUGGAUCUCCAAGUUGUGGCGAAUCAUGCGACCCAAGAACAAGGAGAUUGUCGAGAUUCACGUUCCCCGGGACGAUGGCUUCCAGGGAUCCGACUACAAGUGGCACUCCGGUAUUGAGGAGGCCCGUGUGCAGCUCGAGUUCAUGCGAGCUCUGCGAGGAGGCCGAAUGUACCAAGUACCCAACCUGGUGCCUGUCAAGAUCCGACAAAUGUUCCAGCGAUCUAGAGCCAACUCAGUGGCUUCCCUGUCCAAGAAGGAGCCCUCAGUCAGUACGACCACCGCUAGCCCUACCCAGACCGUCUUUGAUGAGUCUGGACGAGACCGAUGGACCGAAAACGACGGUCACCUGGCAGUUCCCGGAGCCCACUACGGUGGAUCUGGUAACGGCAACAAUGGUAACACUUCCCCCACCUCUCCCGGAGGUUCUUCUUCUCGGUCUUCAUCUCGGGGCUCUUCCAUUGGAGCCUUGGUCAUGGUUCCCGCCAUUGUGGGCGGAGCGGUUGCCGGAUGGAACCCAGAGCUCAAGCCUCCCUCCAACUAA